CCUGGGGCGACCAAGGGCCGAAUCCUGGCCCCGGACCCCCAGAUGAGGCGGGCUGGGCGGAAGUCGGGGGGGAGCUUGUUCCGAGGGCACGGAAUGGCCCAGGGGCCUGGGGCUCAGCUGAGGGCUCCCCCCGGGGGGCCAGGGAGGGCGCCGUGAGUGAGGGGCAGGGGCCCGUCCCCGGCCUCCCUCCGCCCCGGCCCGGCCUGGCAGCUGCCCCGAGAACCGCCCCCCUCACAAGGGAUGCUUUGGGGGCUCAUCCUGGCUGACUCCAGAUUCCGGGGGCCUGGAGCAGGCGGAGUUCAGCCCGGACAAUGGCCCCGUUGCUGGGGCCGCCGCAGCUGGGAGACAAACGGGCCCGUUGUUCGGGGGCCUCCGGGCCGGGCCCAGAGGUGAAUGGCUUCUCUGUGCUUCCCGCCCGGCCCGUCCAGCUCCCAGGAAUGGGGGGGGGGGGCCGGGGCCGGGGGCUGGGGCUCGUCAUUGGCUGAGGGAGCCGGGGAGGAGGGUGGGAGCGGGCAGGAGACCUGGCCCCGCACCUGAGGGCCGCUGAGCGGGGCCUGGGCCCGAGUGUCCAUGCGGUGGCCCCGGAGCGGCGCCGGACAGACGCGGGGAGCCCCCAGGGCCCUGGACGGCACGCGGAGGCCCCCCCGGGGAGCUGCCCCGAGGAGCUCGGGAGAGAAGGGUCACUGAGAUGCCUUCUCUGAGGAAACCCUGGCACUCCAUGGCGAAGGCGCUCAUCCUGGGAUGUCUCUUCACCGGCUUCCUUCUGCUCUUCUACGCCUACGUGGCCCCCCUGCAAGUCAGCAUGGCUGAGCCCCCGGACGAAAGCUCCUGCUCUCCGCCCGCGCCGCCCCUCAACAGCAGCCACGAGGGCUCGUGCCGGCCCAAGACGGACAUCGUGUUCAUGAAGACGCACAAGACGGCCAGCAGCACCCUGCUCAACAUCCUGUUCCGCUUCGGCCAGAAGCACCGGCUCAAGUUCGCCUUCCCCAGCGGCUACAACGACUUCAACUACCCGUCCUUCUUCAAGCGCAGCCUGGUGCACAACUACCAGCCCGGGGACUGCUUCAACAUCAUCUGCAACCACAUGCGCUUCCGCUACCCGGAGGUGCGCGGCCUGGUGGCGCCCAACGCCACGUUCAUCACGGUGCUGCGCGACCCCGCCCACCUCUUCGAGUCGUCCUUCCACUACUUCGGGAUGGUGGUGCCCUUCACGUGGCGGCUCACGGGCCGCGACAAGCUGGCCAAGUUCCUGCAGGACCCCGACCGCUACUACAACCCCAAGGGCUUCAACGCGCACUACCUGCGCAACCUGCUCUUCUUCGACCUGGGCUACGACAGCGGGCUGGACCCCCGCAGCCCGCAGGUGGCCGAGCACAUCCUGGAGGUGGAGCAGCGCUUCCACCUGGUCAUGCUGCAGGAGUACUUCGACGAGUCGCUGGUGCUGCUCAAGGAGCUGCUGUGCUGGGAGCUCGAGGACAUCGUGUACUUCAAGCUGAACGCGCGCCGGGCCUCGGCCGUGCCGCAGCUCACCGGGGAGCUCUACCGGCGCGCCACCGCCUGGAACCAGCUGGACGCGCUGCUCUACCGCCACUUCAACGCCAGCUUCUGGCGCAAGGUGGAGGCCUUCGGGCGCGAGCGCAUGGCCCGGGAGGUGGCCUCCCUGCGGCGGGAGAACGAGCGCAUGCGCAGCAUCUGCAUCGACGGCGGCCGGGCGGUGGACGCCGAGGCCAUCCAGGAGGCGUCCAUGCAGCCCUGGCAGCCGCUGGGCACCAAGACCAUCCUGGGCUACAACCUGAAGAAGCGCAUCAGCCGGCGGCACCAGCAGCUGUGCCGCAAGAUGCUGACCCCCGAGAUCCAGUACCUCAUCGACCUGGGGGUCAACCUGUGGGUCGUGCGGCUGCUGAAGUACGUCCGCGAGUUCCUCCGCUGGUGACGGGGCCGCCCCUCGCCGGCCCUCCCCUCCGGCCCCCCGCGGGCCGGGCCUGGGGCUUUCCUCUCAGGGAGCAGUCCAAGCGGGAUCGGACCCUCCCCCUCCGAGCCGGCCCGCUCCUCCCCAUCCCUCCCUCCCCUAGCGCAGAGGGCCCGGGCGGCGGCGAGACAUUAACCAAGAGUAGCGUUCGACUAAUUGUAAAUUUUGUAUUGAAAAAGAUAAAAGAAAAAAAGAAAAAAAAAAAAGGAAUGUUAUCUAUUCCCGCCCCGCCCUUCAUGCAGGGGCAACUUCUGAAGCAAAGGGAUUGGUUGGUUGUGUCCUAGUUAAUGGGGCUCCGACUGAGGGGCAGGGGCGCGGGAGGAGACAAUAACGGGAACCCCUCUCUUCCCCCUCCCCCCUCCCCCGUUCGGUCUGAGAGGGCGGGUCUGUCCCUGGCGCCGCCAGAAGCUGGCGCGCGCUUUGAGUCAACAUCCAUUCAGCCUGAAUGAGCCCCUAGCCAUGCUCCCCUCCCCAGAGACGCCACAGGGCCCAUCGAGGCAAAAUAUAUGUCAUUAAAUAUCAUCGAAAGACUGACAAGGAAAACCACUCCAGAGUUAGGGGCGCCCCCUUAGGCUUUCACAAUCCCCACGAGAGGGCGCUCAUCUGUAGAGGAGCACGUGUAGGAGAAGCCAGAGACCUGGCUGGGGAAUACAUGUGCCCAAUGGGAUAAUAACAAUAGCUAACACUGUAUGAUGACUUACUGUGAAAAGCACUUGAGAGAGAGGAUCUCAUUUGAUCCUCCCAUAAUACCCCAUUCUGUGUCAGCUGCUGCCCUUCUCCCAGGGCGCCAUCAGGUUGGGGGCCCUUUCUUCCUUGGGAAAAAGCCUCCAGGUCCUUUGUGAUUUAGUUCUUGUAACCAGGGGGCCGCAGAAGCCAUUAGUCCACAAGCACCUACUCUGUGUCAGGCCCUGGACUAAGUGUUGGGGAUAAUAUUGAGACCAGAAGAAAGACAGUUCCUGCCCCCAGUGAGCUCACAUUCUGAUGAAGGAAAACACAUAAGAGGGAGCUAAAAACCACAUAAAGGGCAGGACCAUGAAAUGAGGGAUGGAGCUAAGAGUGAAGGAUGGCUCAGCUCAGCUUCCUCAGAAGUUCUGGAAGGAUCACCAAUGAGAGGAGGGGGUCCUCAGGGUGGGGGGUCCUCAGGGUGUGACAGAUUUUCCACGAUGAGAAGUCCUCAAAAAAGGGGGAGCACCAGCUAUCACCCUUAUACUGCUUGAUCUCAAACUAUUUUUUGAGUUAGAAUGAAAAAAAAAUUCCUUUUAACUCCCAUUAUACCCUUGGCCACUGCCAUGCAAAUUACCCUCCCAGCAUGCAGUAUUGCAAGACGGAAAGGAGAGAUUAAGAAAAAUCACAUUUUCUAAUAUUCUAACAAAGUAGGGAGUCAGAUGGAGACUGGCCUCCGAUGUUCUACAGUAAAACAUGGAAACGUGUCUCCUUUAGUGUGAUUGCCAUCAAUAAAACCAUAUCUGUUUCUGAAACUGAACCAUUUGACAGGAUCAGGGACUGGGGGUGGGGGGAGUUUCUUCUCGGGGUCCUUAGUAGCUGAGGCUGCUGGGGACCCGGGAGCUGCUGGAACAGUUUCCAGGCCACAAGGGGUCCUUCUCUGAAUGAUGGCUGUGGGGAUCAGACUUCCAUCAGUGGUCUGCGGGUGGCUGUGAUUUCUGGGGCUCUUGGUUUGCUUGCCUGUCAGCCAGAAUUUGUCAGCAGCUGUAGAGACGAGGAAAGGGGCUGAGGGAGGUAGCUCACCUUUUUCUCCACAAGGGCUGGUCCCCGAGUCCUGCUUUGCUGAAGAUCUAGGGGUUCAUGGCUUCGUGGGAAAAUUGAAACAAUUAUUCCCGAGUUCUUAGAUUUAGAGUCAGAAAGAACCAUAGUAGUCAUCUGGUCAGACCCCGCCAUCUUCUCAUGAAUGAGAAAACUGAGAGACAUAAGAUGAAAUAUCUUGCCCUACGUCACAGAGCUUUGAACCCAAGUCUUUGGACCUUUUCCAUUGUAUUAUACUUCCUGCCUUAAGAUCUGAAGUCUAACUCAAGUUCUGUUUCUUGCUACGUACAUGACCACAGGCAGGUCCCUUCUCCCUCUUCCUUUCUGCCUCAAUAUAAAGUAUAAAGGUCUCUCUGGAGCCCUGACAGUUCCGUAUUCCCUGGCCUUGGGUCCCUUCCAGCUCAAUACUACCCUCUAGUGCCCAGUCCCUGGUGCACAAGGCCGGCCAGGCGCUGUCCAUAGUGCAGGGUGGUUGAAUUCCUACUAUUUCUCUUCCAUGGAGAGAUUGUUUUUUAAAAACAAAAACAAAAACUCUUAGGGUAUUGCUGGAUUACAAGCCCAAUAUGAGCCAUCAUGGCAGCCCCAAAGCCCGGUGGAAUUUUAAGUUGCAACAAGAGAACCAUCGUUUCCAGGAAUAAAGCGGUGAUAGCCCUGUCAUGCUUUGUCCUGGUCAAGCUACAUCUGGAGCACCAGCCUCCUUUCUGGCUUCAUAUCUUGGAAAGGAAACCUAAACUGGGGGAUGUCUACAGCGAGGCAGCUAGGAUGGUCUUGAAGGGCUUUUCACAGGAGGAUCGAUUGGAAGAACUGGGCGUAAUUGAUUUUGGAGGUCAUAGGGAGCCAUUGAAGUUUAUUGAAUAAAGGGGAGACAAGGUUAAAUCUAUACUUUAGGAAAAUCACUUUGGCAACUAAGUGAAGGACGGAUUCGAAUAGGGAGACUUGAAGCAAUGGGACCAAGGAGAUGGAUAUCGCAGUGGUCCAGGUGAAACGUGAGAAAGGUCUGAACCAGAGCAAUGACUGUGAAUGGAGAAGAGAUACACACAAAAGAUGUUUUUGAAGCAGAAAUGACAAAUUUUAGCCACAGACUGGAUGUGUGGAGUGAAUUUGAAUGAGGAGUUAAGGAUGAGAUCAAGGUUUCUAGUCUGAGCAGGAUGGUAUGGAAUGAGCAGAACCAGGAGAACAUUGUACACUGUCACAAUAUGUGAUGAAGAAUGACAGCUCUUCUCAACAAAUUAAAGAUCCAAGACAGUUCCAAAGGAUUUAUGAUGAAAUACUCUCCAUCUCCAGAGAAAUAAUGAUGGAGUCUGAGUACAAAUCAUAGAAUACUUUGUUUUUACUUUUUUUUUUUUGGUCUUUGUUUCAUUUUGUUUUCCUUUUUCGUGAGGCAGUUGGGGUUAAAUGACUUGCCCAGGGUCACAUAGCUAAAUUUCAUGUUAUGUUUGAAAUUUCUGCAGGAGAACCAAUUUAAAGUAUUCAAUAAGUAGUUGGAGAUGUGAGACAAAAGAUCAGGCGGUCGACUAGGAUUGGCUAUGUAGAUGGGGGAGGGAGAGUAUCUACUAUGUGCCAGGCACUGUUGUAAGUAUUUUAAAAAGCAUUUGAUCCUCACAGCAACCCUUCAAGGUGGGUGUUUUUCUUAUCUUCGUUUUAAAAUCGAAGCAACCAAGGCAAACAGAGGUUACGUAACUUGCGCAGAGUUAUAUACCUAGGAAGUGUUUGGGUCUAGAUGUGGCUCAGAUCUUCCAGGCUGCAAAUCUAGCCUCUGCCCCCCUGUCUCUAGUUCUGGGCCUCAUCCAUAUAAAUAUGCAUUCAUGGGAGUUACUGAGAUCCAAAGGAGAGAGCAUAGGAGAAAAAACAAGAUGGCUCCAGACGGAGACUUGAGGGACAGCCACAAGUAGGAGUUAUGAUCUAGAUGAAGAUCAGACAGAGGAAUUUGAGAAAAAGUGGUCUGAUAGGUAAGAAAAGAAAGAGGAUAGAUCAAGGUCACAAACAUUCAGAGAUUCAGAGAUCCAAGAGGAGAAAGUGCUCACCAGCUAAGGUUAAUUGUUAUUUUGAGGAUUUCUUUAUGUAUGGGAUUGACCCGAUGGCCACUGAGGUACCCUCCAACUCAUAAAUGACUAUGAUUCCAUGAGGUUGAUCCAAGGGAUAAGAAAAUGUUUCCUGAUGAAACGGCCCCUGAGCUGAGCCUUGAGGGAUUCUAAGAAGUGGAGGGAAGAGAUAUCAUAUGAAAACCCAUGCAUCAAAUGGAAUCAGAUACAAUGGUGUGCUCCUCUCUUAGAAGAUCAUUCUAAGUGGAAAGGUUCACUGUUAAAAAUGUAGCUCCUGAGUGCCCACUGGUGCCAGUCUUAAGGCACAAGAAGCUCAAGGCAAAAGUAUUGCUGAAAAGGUAUAUUAAGAGCAGUGACAACAAAACUUCUCCACAGUAAACACUUCCAUGAAAGCACAGAGCAUCAAAGGGAAGGGUGGAUGCAUCGAGUUCACAAGUGGAGAGGCACAGAAAACAUAUGUGACCAAGGCAUGCACAAAAAGGGGGGAAAUUCUUAUGCUUCAGGCUCGUAGAGCAUUUUUGGACUAGCCAUGCUCCUCCAUGCUCAAUAGUCUACGUCGAUAGUUUUCACGUUUCUCUCUUUUUAUAUUGUGAAUGAUUUUGCUUUGUCAUGAUUGUAAGCUUUUUUGGCUUUACUUGAUGCAUAGUAAAAAAAAGAAACAAAAACUUUUCCAGUCCCUUAUUUUUAUUCUACAUAUGUCUUUGUUGUUGUUGUUUUAUUUUUAAAUUUUUUUAGUUUUUUUUUUAUUUUCAAAAUAUAUGCAAAAAUAAUUUUCAACAUUCACCCUUGUGAAAUCUUGUGUUCCAAAUUUUUCACCUUUCUUUCUCCCCAGCCCCUCCCCUAUACAGCAAGUAAUCCAAUAUAUUCAACACGUGCAAUUCCUUUUUUUUUUUUUUAUUACUAUUAAAGCUUUUUAUUUUUCAAAACAUAUGCAUGGAUAGUUCUUCAACAUUAGCCUUGCAAAACUUUGCGUUCCAAUUUUUCUUUCUCUUCCUCCACCCUCUCCCCUAGAUGGCAAGUAGUCAAAUAUAUGUUAAAUUGGGGAGAAAUAUAUGUUAAAUCCAAUAUAUGCAUAAAUAUUUAUUACAAUUAUCUUGCCACACAGUUAAAUCAAGUCAAAACAGGAAAAAAAAAGAGAGAAACAAAAUAAAAUUCAAGCAAACAACAGUUGUUGUUUUAGAAGUGUUUCUUGUGGGCAACAGACUGUAGUAUUUUUUUCUUAUCCAAGUUUUCUCUCUCUUUCAUUUUUAUUGGAUUGUUAAAUCCAUUCACAUUUAAAUCAAUGAGAAUUAGGUUUAUAUUUUUUCCCAUUUGUUUUUAAUAUUAUUUUUAAAAUCCAAAUUAGGGUCCCCCCCUUUUUUUCUCUUUAAAGACAAUACUUUGUCUCUUUAUUUAUUUUAGCUUAAUCUACUUGAAAGCAACUCUAUUCCCUCAGGCUCUCUUCCACUCAUCCAGAAACCCACUACUCUCCUUUGUUAAUCCUUUUUCUACUUUUGGAGAAUUCCUUAAAUUAUUAGUUCCUUUUAAUUUUUUCCAUUUAUUUAAUUAUCUAAAUCUUCUCCUCCUUUUUUACUCAGUUAAAUAGUUGAACAAAAUACCUUUAUUCUCUUGUCCUUCUCCUUUUAUUUUUCACAUUAUUUUUUAUUUUUAAAAUAACAAUGGAACAAUGUCAAGAGUUUUGGACCUGGAUAAAAAAGGCCCGGGUUCAAAUUUGGCCUUAGAUACAAGUUGUGUAACACUGGACAAAUCACUAAAACCUAAGUCUGCCUCACUUUCUUCAACUAUAAAAAUAGGAAUAAUAACAGCUCCUUACCUCCAAUGGUUGUUUUGAUGAUCAAAUGAGAUAAUAUUUGUAAAAUGUUCUAGUGCAAUGUCUUUCACAUAGUAGGUAUUUAAUAAAUGUUUGUUCCCCUU